GGCAUAAGAGCACUUGAGGAUAAUGUACUGACUGACAAGAAAACUGUUGAACUCCAUAAGUUCCCGUUACUUUACUAAAAGCAGGCCAGAAAUGGAGUAAAGAAUCAGUUCAAGUUCAAGGGAGUUCAGAAUGGCAUUUGAGGGGCAUCAGAGCACAUUCGCAAAUUCACUCUUUCCGACAUACCAGCGUCAGGCCAGUGUAAAUGUAGGUGGUGGAAACAACGGAAACGCGACAUUGCCCUUCUUUUCCAUCCCUAGUGUCUCACUGCAGGAACAGGACACAGUAUCCUACAUGCCUUGGUCUCACAAUGCUCAUGAUGAUCCCUAUGAACUUAUCAAUUGUGUCCAGAGCAGCAUUAAAAGCAGGAAUCCUACUGAUAAUACUGAUUAUGAUGUAGAGACUGAUCUGCAGGGUCUAGUGUCAAGUAUUUUGGAUGAAGCAGAUUCACAGGGCAGCUACUACAGUGAAGGGGGCCUACCUACAUGUAAUCCUGUCUGGUCUCCUAAGACAUUGAGAGAGGAACUGCUACAGUAUUUUCAAUCAGAGGCUAAAACACAACAUAACCCUACCUUUUCUCCAAACUAUGUAUCCCGUGAGGCUUUCAACAAAGCACAGGGACAGUCAAUGGACAAAGAUGUUGAAGAGUUUUGUCAACAGUCCAAUUGCCUUGCUACCAAUCAACAGUGGCUUUUAAAUUUGUCUAAUGGAGACAAGGACAGCUACACCCUCCGUCCUCAGAAACUUCCACCAGGCCUACCGAUGCACAACACAGUAAACGCAUACCCACACACACAGAACACAGUAAACGCAUACCCACAUAUACAGAUACAACAAAGCAAAUAUGACAACACGUCAGCUGAUAAAGACAGAGGAACUAAUCGGCCUGUGAAUAAUUUCCCUGACCUCAGUGAUGUUUUAAGACCUCAAAACGAAAUCAACAACCCCUGCUUUGAUCCUUACAAUGAAGACCACUACAUCCAGAGCAGUGCCAAGUCCAUUAGUAAUGAGCAGUAUGUGCCACAAGACAUUAACCAACUGGUCAGCAGUUUUCAGUCGUUCAUGGCUGGUGAGCAUGAUAGCCUUUGUCGUAGAGACUUUCCAAACAUGCACAAGCAGACAUUUGGCAUGCUCCAUGAAGACGGCAUGGUUGAGCAAUGGAAAAUCACCAGUCCUGCAGUGUCAACACAAAGUACCCCUGCAAUACAGACACAAAAACAGCUGUUGGGAGAAUAUGGGAUAGUGCAGAGAGAAAGAAAUGGAGGAGUCAGGAAAAAAACAUUUAAACACGAUGCCCUUCAAGAUCUACCUGGUUUCAGUUCUCAAAACACAGAGUACUUCCAACAACCAGAGCCAUUCUCUGCAUCUGUGAAACUCCCAAACCAAUACCAAAACAAGAUGAGCAUGCAAAGAGAGAACAUUAACAUGAGCAUGAACCAGUAUUCAAAGCAUCACAGCCAGCAGGGUCAGAUGCAGAACAAGCCACAGAUGCAGAAAGAAAAGAAGAUGGUGCAAAUGUCUGGCAUUCUGGGAGAAGGUUUCUCUACCAGACCCCUAACCCACACUCGCAUGAGAGAUGGAGAUAAGAAACAGGUUUUCUCACAAAACCCAUACUAUGACCUUCAGGGAGGCAUGCAGUCUCAGAGAUUUGAUGGAGAAAUCAGCAUCAUCAGUGCAGGGAAUACACAGCAAGGCAUGCCUCUCACAUAUCCUGUAAGUGAUUUUAGAGGACGUCCCAGCAUUCCCAUUAACUCUUACUUCAGCUCCAGAUCCAUGCUCCCCUAUGGAAGUGUUGCUCCUGGCAUGGAUGUGUGUGAUAUGUCAGGCAGUGAGUCUGCAGCUUUCAAGUCCUAUGUCAGUGACAUGAUGACCCGCGGAGGAGAGAGCACUUAUCAUGGCAUGGCCUCAGCUAUGAUAACUUCAAUGGUGAUGAAUCAAGGAGGACCCAUGAUCCAGCUUUACUUCUACCUGGACGAGUGUUAUGAGCAGUGGAGGUGUUUGGAGAAGGAGAGAAAGAGGAUAGAGGCGAUCCUCACCAAGACAUUUCAUGGGAAACGGACUGCAGCAGUGACCAACACUACUCUACCCAAAACUCCACCAAACCCCACGAGAAUUGACCACCUCAUUGUCAAACAGAACAGAGAGCAGGCAAAGGUGGCAAGCCUUCUGGAUAGGAUGGAGUGUCUGUGCAACAUUCCUCUCCAUAUCAACAUCCACACAGCACUAAACAGGCAUCAUAUGGCUAUUCGCAUCACCCAGGCGAGACGCAAGGAGGAGAUAGCCAACAUGUCCAAACACCAGCAGCAGAGAGCUCAUUUCACAGAGGACAGAGACAUCCUGCUACUGGUCGUCGCACUGAAGGACCUAGCUGCUACCACGAGGAAGCUCUGCACAGCCAUGUGGUGUGCUCUCCAGAUGACACUGCCAAAACCUGUCAAAAGGCAGGAUCACUACGUUGACAAGGAGGCCACACGUAGAGAGGGGUACUCCUCUCCAAUUGAGGGAUACUCUUUUAAGUUAUGAUUCAACAGGCAACAAACAUGAGUUAAAGGCCUUGAUUCAAUUAAAUCCACAUCAGAAUUCCCAAUUUCCCAAGUUUCCCAUAGACAACAGGAUGAAAUAAAAACAAAUGUUUUUAUAGUAUUACUCGCCUGACAGUCUAUAGUGACAUUUUACCUGCAACACAUCAAUCACCUCAAAAUAUGAGAUGAAUGAGAUUUGAAGUUUGAUGAUGGCUGUGCUUUUUGGCACCAAGGACCUUCAGGUUGCUAACUUUGGUCAAGUAGGAAUUGCAUGUCAUCGUCAUUUAUGCUGCUGCAUGUUAACUUCAUUUAUCAUUUAAUUAGUGUCAGUUCCAAAUUCAUGUGAAUCUUGCUCCAUCACCGUUGUAUUUAAAGACACUAUUUAUGUGGAGGAUUUCAGUGAAUUCUUCAUUGUUUUACUUAUUUAUUGAAAUGUAAUGGAACCUCAGUUCUGGGUAUUCCCAAGCAAUAAUUGAAUCAUAAGGGCAGUAGUUUAAAAUUAACAUGCUAAAUAUUAAAAUCUUUUCUGAAAUGUUCCAAUUCAUUUCAGCAUUUUCAGGUUGUCUUAUGUAACUUUAACAUGCUUUAAUCAGAAAAAGUUCUAUUCAUAUGCAAUUUGGUGAAGUUUGAACUGUGAAGGUACUGAAACUUCUGAAGAAAAAGUUCAGUGUUUUAAAUGUAAAUGUAUUAAUCACAUUCUUCAAAAACAUUUAGUAUUAAAUAAGAUUCUUAUCAGUGAUAUGUAACAUAGCUGAGUUCAAAAUUCUCUGGAUACAGGUUAUCCAAGUCUUCAAAGUUUAGUCUUUGAAGACUUGCUCUAUAUCAGUUGUUUAAAAUGCAUGUGAUAACUUUUACAAUGUUUUCUGAAAUGUUUCAGUUAGUUUCUGAAACUUUAAUUUGUCUUCUAAUAAUUCAUCUCUGUAAUAAUCAGAAAACCUUUAUUUAUCUGCUAUUUAGUCAAAAGUUUGAACUAUAAAAAAAGAUACUGAAACUUUAAAAGUUCUGUUUUAAAUGUAUUAAUCACACUUUCCAUCAGAUUAUUUUCAUUUAGUAUUAUCAAAUAUCUUUAAUUCUUCAUUGAAAUAUAACUGUUUGUCCACUAGGGACCAAAGCUUGUAUCCAUUACAAAGCAAGUCAAGCCACAGGCAUUAGUCUGUAGACUUAUUCUGUAUCAACACUCCUCUGACUAUGCUUUGUGACUAUGAACAGGGUCGUUCUAUUCCCUGUAAUUUUAAUGUUCAUGUUUGUUUUUUUCCUUGUUUCUUGCCAUGUAAACUGAAAAACUAAAAAUAAAGCAAAUCAAAUGGCUGAAAGUGUUUUUUAUUACUUUAAAAAGAUGAUGAACCUCAUUAUAAACAUUCAAAUCAUGGUACAUGAUAUAUUUGAGGUAUAAUUUAGCAACCGGUCCUUUGUUCUUGAGCUCACACAAAAUGCAUAGACUGUAAAACUGAAACCUAAAGCAAUGAAAAUUAAGUAAAAACAUUUGACAUGAAAAUUGCCUUUACUUGUGUAGAAAUUAAAGGUAUUUGCAAGAUAUCGGCACAGAAGAUAAUAGCAGAAACUGGAUUGAGUUACUUUUUAAGUGUGUCUCCAUUUUUACCACAAUUGAUCCAAUUUAUGUUUUAGGUGAAUACUUUGUUCAUAUCAGUGGUAACUGUCAAAGCUUAGCUGAAGCAUGUUUCACAGUCACUGGAACGACAUCAUAUUGGCAGAGACUUAAAUAAGUACUUUUUUUUUUGUCAUCAACAAGACUUGACUAUUGCAA